AUGCAUUGCUUUUUUGGUGAACUGGAGCCUUCUAUCCCCGUCACGGAACAAAACCUGGCAGACCGAGUUCGGUACAUCAUGCGCUCGAAAAUACUUGAUGAUGCCGAACUCGAACGACUACGACGUGAGGCUAUUCCGUCGUCGAAUGAAUCGGCUAUGGCUCGAGAUGCAGCUCCACAUUCGACAGACCAGCAUCCACACGUGGAAGCCGCCAUGGAUCUUCCAGUUGUGGUUGAUUCGAACGACGAUGAAAUAGUCUCCCACGAACUAGAGCAAAUGAGGAGUAUAUUGGAAGAGGCGAUUUUGGAAACGCGCAGCACCCCUCUCGAAAAUCGACCGCGACUUCCCCGCAUACCCUUAAGCAAGCGAAAUCGGGCUGUCGUGAGGGCUCUUAACCCAAUGCUGGUGACCUAUUUGGAAACCAGCCGGGACCUUUGCGAGACGGACUCAAUUCUCUUUGGCGCCGCAGUGGCAGUUUGCCGUAUUAUUGGUGCCAAACUUCCCACAAAGUAG